GGGUGGCUUCCUUUCUCUCGCGCGCGCGGUGUGGUGGCAGCAGGCUCAGCCUCGAGAUGCAGAACGACGCCGGCGAGUUCGUGGACCUGUACGUGCCGCGGAAAUGCUCCGCUAGCAACCGCAUCAUCGGUGCCAAGGACCACGCAUCCAUCCAGAUGAACGUGGCCGAGGUUGACAAGGUCACAGGCAGGUUUAAUGGCCAGUUUAAAACUUAUGCUAUCUGCGGGGCCAUUCGUAGGAUGGGUGAGUCAGAUGAUUCCCUUCUCCGAUUGGCCAAGGCCGACGGCAUCGUCUCAAAGAACUUUUGACUGGAGAGAAUCAUGGAAGUGGAAUAUUUAUCAUAAAUAAAUAGUGAAAACCUAAAAAAAAAAAAAAAAA